AUGCAACAACGUAAUCGACCAAAGUCUUCGCCAUGUAAUUCAACACCAGAAAGCAAAGGGGGAAGGAAAAAAGCAGCCGCUUUGCUCGCCGAUGCCACGCUUGCUACUGUAUGCUCUAUUUUACAGUGUAGAAAGCAAAAUCCUAAGACGCAAGGACAAUUUUUUGGUUUAGGACUUAAUGAAAAGGAUCAGGAGGUAUGAUGGAAGACCACAGAAACAAAAGAGCAAGAGUCGUCGUCCCGUGGCACAGAUAAAGCGCCGAAAUUAAUUACCGAGAAUGCUGAGGAAAUCACGGAUGAGAUCGAAGGUGAGUCACAAGAAAAUCCUCGAGUCGCCGAGAUUAAACGCAGGGCCAGUGUAACCAAGUCUGAUAGUACGGACAAGAUGCAGGAAUUAACAGAGUUGAGGAUACUUAUCAAUCGGAUUGAAGAAUUAGAAGUGGCGAAUCGUAAAUUGACGCUGCAAAUGAGGCGCAUGAAAAAACAGCUGUCGGAAAAAGAAAGGACAAGCCAACAAGAAGCGAUCGCUCUUCGUGGUUUGGAAAUUAUGAAACGGAAUCAGUUACUCGAACACAGUGUACGUAACGUUGAACGAACGAUGCUUUGUAAUUUCUUCGAAGCUGUUGAACCAAAACCAACUCAAGAAGUAAGCGUUUAUUUGCUAGUCUUAUUUAAAAUUGUACAGACAAGACAAGGCUGA